AUGGACGGAGAAAAAUCGACAACAACUGCUGCUAGUAGCUCAUCCUCCUCGUCCACUACAAAUAAACUCAGGAAAUCAUUGUCAUCACCCACAACUACUGCCGCUACUGUCAAAAAUGAAUCAGUAGUAGCAGCAACAACCACAAACAGCAGUGUCGCGUUGCCACGAGGUAUACAUCGGGUUCUACAAAAUUUUCUCCUGAUAUGGCUUGAUGCGAAUGCUGAUAAAUCCAAAGAUAGCUUUAAAAAAGCAAUAGAACGUUUACGACAUAUUAUAGUAUCCAUCACAACAUUUACAGAUGCUCAAAAAUGUAUUGAUUUUCUCAGUGAAAUUAAAAAUGAAAAAGUAUUUAUGAUUGUAUCUGGCUCACUGGGACGACAUUUAAUACCGCAAAUUCAUGCAUUGCCACAAUUGGACUCUAUUUAUGUCUUCUGUGGUAAUCAAUCGGUUCAUGAAAAAUGGGCCCAAACAAUAUCAAAGAUAAAAGGUGUAUACACAAAAAUUAAACCAAUCUGUAAAGCCUUAAAAGUCGAUUGUGAACGAUGUGAACGAGCCAUGAUUUCGAUCAGUUUUCAUGGCAUUGAUGCAUUGUUUAUAUACAUGCCAUUAUUUAUAGAAGUUCUUUUGGAAACCGAUGAUGACGAAACUAAAUCCAUCAAAGAACUUGCUGAUUACUGCCGUCUUCAAAGUGAUAUUCCUGAAGACGAGAUUGAAAAGAUCGAACGAGAAUAUCGUCUUCAUAAACCCAUUUGGUGGUAUACGGCUCCAUAUUUCAUUUACUCGAUGCUUAAUCGAGGUCUCCGAUUAUUGGAUGUCGAUAUUAUACUCAAAAUGGGUUUCUUCAUUCGGCAAUUACAUCAAGAUAUUAAAGAAUUACAUCGCGAAUAUAAAUCCACAACGACAAUAAAUACAACUCAUUUUCAAGUAUUUCGAGGCCAGGGUUUAUCCAUGCAAAACUUUGAAAAAAUGAAGCAAACAGAAAAAGGCCUUAUGUCUUUUAACAGUUUCCUUUCAACAAGCCGUAAUCGUAAUAUUUCGCUGCAGAACUUUGCACGCCCAGCAGCACUCGAUCCUAAUUCGGUUGGCAUACUCUUUGUUAUGAACAUCGACCCGAAACUCUGCGCAGCAUCAUCGACUUUUUUUGUUGAAGUCAAAAACGUCGGCUACUAUGAAAGUCAAAAGGAAGAAAUUCUUUUCUCGACACCAACGAUUUUUCGCAUCGAUAAAAUUGAACGGAUCCAUGAUGAUCAUACUGAUCGCCUAUAUGAAGUUAACCUCACCCUCACGGGUAAUGACGAAAAUGAUUUAAACACACUUGUGGCACGCAUACGCGAGGAGUCUGGUUGCGCAGUAGGAUGGUUCCGACUAGGUCAAAUACUUAUGAAAUUAGGAGAGUUUGCAAAAGCAGAACAACUCUAUCAGCUUCUUCUCGAAAAGGCAUCUUUUGAUAAAGAUCGAGCAGACUGCAAUGACAUACUUGGUCAGAUAUCCGACAAAAAACCCUCCCUUUGA